CUCGCGAACGUUGCAAGCGUUAAGUGGAACGCGCCCAUGAUAACUGCACCGACAAGAUAUUAUCACACACCUAUUGUUAACGAUGCAUGCGCGACUAUAUGCAUACGAUAUGUAUUAGUAUACAUACUUUAUAAUAUUUUACAAUCGCAAAUAUAUAGGCCACUAAUUUGUUUAAUUUGUGAUUAUUUCAAUGAACGAUCUAAACAUAAAGUUAAUGACUGUAUGUAUCUAGGUUAUUUAAAAUAUAUUAUGUAAAUGUAAUACACGUAUCAUACAUAUUUUAAAAAAAUAGCCUGCACAUGGAUAAAUUAUACACAAUCGAGUAAAACGAGAAAUAAUAUCAACGAAAAAAAUGAAGCAACAAAUAAUUGAUUCCAAAGCAAAUCCUAACGCAACUGGAGAAGCCGACGAUUGUCUCUUUGAAUAUUUGCAUGCUGAAUUAGUCAAUUAUGUUUUGAGCAAAUCAUCUAAUACCGCGGAAGGCGAAGAAGAGCUUUCACGUUUAGAAUGGAUGGGAUUCAGUGUUGGAUACAGAAUUAUUGAACGACUAACAAGAGAAUGGAGCAGAUUCAAGGAUGAACUAGAUAUGAUCAAGUUUAUCUGCACAGAUUUCUGGUCCAGCUUAUAUCACAAACAAAUUGAUAAUCUCAGAACUAAUCAUCAUGGGGUAUAUGUGUUGCAAGAUAAUGCUUUCAGAUUAUUAGAUAAAGUUGGUACAAGCAACAGCAAACAGUAUCUUAAAGAGAGUCCUCGUCUGCUGGCUUUCACUUGUGGUCUUCUCAGAGGUAGUUUAGCAAAUCUUGGAAUUAUUAGUACUGUUACAGCUGAGACUACUACAUUACCAAGUUGCAAAUUUCAUGUUCAAGUUCAAAAAAUUUAAUAGCUGUUCUAUCAUUUGAGAAACAAAGAGAUAUAUAGAGAUAUAUAUAUAAAAAGAAAUUUAAAUAUGAUAAAA